AUGCAGGGCAAAGAUUGGGGUUUACGACCCCACAUCCUCAAGACUAUUUAUAAGACGGUAGUGGAAAAAAUAGUUUUGUAUGGGGCAGCUAUCUGGGCCCUAUUCAUGACUGCGAGGAAAUUGAAUUUACUUAAUAGCAUCCAACGACCUUUCGUCCUUGCUAUCAAGAAAACAUACAGGACAACGGCCACAGCAGCGGCAGCGGCUUUAACUGGACUUACUCCUCUGUCAAUAGCCGCACUACAAGAGGCAACUGUCUCUACUAUCAUGCUUCUUAGGAAGUCAGCCUCAUUUAGGGGAACUACAUUUGUACCAUCAGACUUUGAGAACAAAAAUUCUCAGCUCAAAGUUCAUCCCGCUAGUUAUGGGUUGGGCAUUCGUGCCCAUACCUCUAUGUCUCAGGAUUUACGGGUAAGAGACACAGGCGGUGCAAAUACCAUCAGCAUAUUUACUGAUGGCUCAAAACUCAACGAAGAGGCAGGCUGCGCUUUUAUUUCUCAUUAUCGUGAUAAAGUCUUAGAAACAUGGAAAGGAUACCUUGGACUUAAUAGAUCGGUAUUCCAAGCUGAAGCAGUAGCAUUGCACCAGGCUAUAACAGCAGCUAUGAAGUUUGUUGACCAAGAAGUUUGUAUUUUCUCAGAUAGUCAGUCCGCAAUCUUCGCUCUUCGUGAUCCAUUCCAUCCAUCACCAAUCAUAGCAGAUAUACAAUGCCUGCUCAAAGAAAAUACGCAUGACUGCAACAUCCAGAUUUUAUGGAUUAAAGCGCACAUGUGCCACAGGGACAAUGAGGAUGCAGACACUCUUGCAAAGGAAGCUGCAAAGAAUAUCGGUGCGCAAGAUGUCCAGAUCCCGCUUCCCAAAUCUUAUCUGAAGCGAGUCUGUCGCAUUAAAUCGCAGCAACAAUGGCAAGAGGAAUGGGACUCUAUAUCGCAAGGCCGUAGAACCCAUGACUUUGUCCAUAGAGUUUUCCAAGAUCGACUCAUCUCAGCCCCUUUUCUUUCCCGUUUCAUUACAGGCCACGGACCAUUUCCCCAAUAUUUCUAUCAAAGGGGAAUAUCAACAACUGAUCAUUGUGUCUGUAAUGAAAUAGGUACACCUGAUCAUUACGUUACGUCUUGCCCUCUCACGGUAGAAUGGCACAUGAGGCUUCCUGAUACUGACAUUGCUUAUAAACGCUUCUUCAUUAAGCAGCCAGCCUAUCUCAAGAAGCUCAAACGCAUUAUGAACAAACUUGAAGCACUGGGACUAGAAUUAUGCAGCCCACAAUAA